GUUUAAGGGAAAUGGAGUCUAAGGUAAAUAUCACACAGAGGCCCGCGUCCAUCUUAAGUCCAGGGGCUAUACAUUUCUUCGAGUUUUAUUUCUCAAUCUUCAUCAUCGUCCCUUCGGUCUUCGGGGGGAUCUUCAACGUGAUCAACAUCGCGGUGUUUUCAAAGAUUGGUUUCAAAGAUGGCGUCAUGCUGACGUUUCUUCUCCUCGCCGUGUCCGACGCCUGCCAGCUGGCCCUAGCUCUCCUGGGCUGCCUGUUCGUUCCCGCCGCUUACAUUUUAACCGAUCUCCAACUUCCGGUUCCGGUAGACCCUAGCGCAUUGGUGUACAUCAGCAUCUGGUACAACCAUAUGUUCUGCGACAUUUCGGUUGUCAUAACCACGUAUCUCGCGGUGCAGCGCUGCUGCUGCGUCGCCAUGCCGCUGCAUUUUAAAAGCAAGUUCACCACGAAACGCACCGCGUUCGUGCUUUCGAGCAUCUUUGUUUCAGUGAGCGCCACCUACGUUCCCAUUUUCGAAACACAGGGUUUGCAAGGAGCACCCUCCAAGCCAAACAUCACGGCAAGCCCCCAGCUCGUUUUGCGGUUGGCCCCGAAUCGAGCUGUCGUUCAGGGGAUAAACGACGUCAUGAACAAAAUUUUCUUGAAAACAGCCGGACAGGCGGUGGUCAUGAUGUGCUCGGUCGUCCUGUCCGUUCAUCUGAUCUCCGCCUCCAAGUUUCGAUUGGACAACAAGACGACGCCUCUGUCCAAGACUAGCGGCGCCCCCGGGAAGAGAAUGAAACUCGAUCUGCAGGUCAUCAAGUCUGUGACGCUGGUGUCGCUCAUCUUUGUGUUCUUCAACGUGCCCAGGUUAUUGUUUACGUACGGCAGGCGGAUCGAGCCGGAGUUCAACAUCUACCGCCGGUAUGAAAGCCUGUACUACGCCAUGGCGCAGGUCUGCAACGUCGCCGAAUGUCUCAACGCCGCGGUGAAUAUCUUCGUCUACCACAACUGCAACAGGAAAUUCGCGGCCGUUUUGAGAGCGUGCCUGCUUUGUAAUUCUCAAGGUCAAGGGCGUCGAGGUGAUGACGCGGCCGCCGAAACUUAAAUUAAAUAGCAACCAAUAUUACGGAUCUCCGACAUCAACC